GGCAUGCUUGGUGUUGCUGUGGUGUACUUGUACGAGAAGAGCUUGGGUGAGAAGAGUCCGUGGUGGGGAUACCUUCAGAUUUUGCCGGAAAGCGAGGACUCGCCGAAGCUGUGGCCCGGGGAUCAGAAGGAGUGGUUGAAGGGUACUGAGGUCGAGGAGGUCGGUGGUCUUGACGACUCUGACGUGAAGGAGCACUACAACGACGUCCUCCUCCCGUUUUUCAAGGAGAACCAGGAGGUCUUCCCUACGGCUUCUCUUAAAACCGACUUCUCCUACGAUGCCUUUGCAAAAGCCAUGAGCGUCGUUGCUUCCCGCGCUUUCGAGAUCGAUCAGUACCGUCAGCUCGCCCUUGUCCCUUUCGCCGACAUCUUCAACCACGGUGCUGAGGAGCACGUUCACUUCGAGACCAACGAUGAUGUCUGCAUGGUCUGUGGUGAGUUCGGUUACUGUGAGCACAUGGCUGCCGAAGAUGAGGAGGAGGAGGAAGGCGCAGAAGAGGAGUCAAGAAAACGCCGCGUGUCCGAUGCCUCAUCCUGCCCCUCCCUCUCCGGAGCCCCUGAAGAGCCUCUCCGCCAAGAACCUGACGACGCCGACAACGAGGAUUUGUACAAGGAUGAUUUCGAUGCCAACGACGAUACCUGCGACAUGACAAUCGUCCGCAAGACCUCACCCGGAGAGGAGAUCUUCAACACCUACGGUCCCCUCGGAAACGACGUCCUCCUCGCACGAUACGGAUUUGCAAUCAAGGAUAACGAGGCAGACAGUGUCAGUAUUGCAAGAGAGAUGCUCGCUACUGAGGGCUCGAGAAAGAAGUGGUGGUUGGCGAAUGCGCAUGCUGUGUGUAAGACUUUGGGGCUGUUGGAGGACGAUGAGGAGGGCCAUGGUGGUUGUGGAAGUGACUGUGAGUGUGGUGAUGAGCAUGAUGAUUGUGGGUCUGAUUGUGAUGACGAGCAUGAUCAUGACCACGAGCGCGAGCGCGAGCACGGACAUGACCAUGGUUCUCACGACCAUGACGACGAGGAGGAUGAGGAGUCUGCCGAUGAGGAGAUUGGUGGCAAAGAGGAUGGUGAGGGCUGGGAAGACGAAGACGACGAGGAGCACGACGAUGAAGAGGAAGAAGAGGACGAGGAGGAAAUCGACCCCGAAGAAUUCGCUCAGGACUGCCUCACCAUCGACUAUCCAUCAGCACCAUCCUCGCCCCUCCUUGUCCUCCUCCUCAUCUACUCCAUUCCCGCAUCCUUCUUCGAGCUCGGCCUGUCCGAUCCACAAGGCGCUCUCGUCCAGCUCGGUGAGCUUCUCGAGAUCAUCUCUGAGAUCGGUGCCGGUGAACUCGCUGUCCUCGAGGUUGCCUCUGAGAAGCCCAAGUUGAAGAUCAUUACCGAGGCGUUUGAGAAUUUGGAGACAGCUGUGAGGAAGAGAUAUGAGAGGUAUGCUGAUGCGAAGAUCACCAGUGCUGAGUACGAGGUUAUUAUCAAUGAGCUUCCUAAGGAGGAGACGAGGAAGAGGAAUGCGCUGACUGUUGUUGCAAAUGAGAAGAAGAUUUUGGAAGGUACUUUGGAAAGUGUGGACAGGCUGUUGGCGUUGUUGCGUAAAGCCACCGAGAAGAAAACUCAGAAGAAGCCUGCGGGUAAGAACCUUAAGAAGGGAAGGAAGUAAAUGUGUCUUCACCAUACUUAAGUUCUAGCAUAGACCUCGCAGCUGAAUUAACAGCAAACACGAAAUUUCAUAAGAAUAACCAAAAAGUUCCCCCAUAUCCGGGUAAAUAGAAAACGUCUGACACCAUUAUAAAUACUUCAACAGGUGUAUUUAUAUAGACGAGCCACCUGCAGAGCGGGCGUGUCUUUCUUCAUGUCAUUCUGCGCCUCCAACCAC